GUUUUCAAUGCCCACAGCCACCCAAGUCUUCAGCACUGUCGGCGCGCUCGUCGCGCUUAAAGCCGCGUUCGAUUUGCUGCGGUUGGCCGCGGUGUAUGCGCUCCCGUCUAACCUUCGCCGUUACCUAUAUGGUGCGGCGCCAUAUGCGCUUGUCACCGCAGCCACAGAUGGCAUAGGGAAGUCGGUAUCAAAGGAGCUCUACAAGCACGGGUUCAACCUUAUCCUCCACGGCCGGAAUAGCGAGAAGCUGGAGAGAGUGCGCGAGGAGAUUCAGGCUUUAGGCGCAUCGAAGAGAGAUGUGAAGAUUUGGGUGGCGGACGCCAACAGCCCUGACGUGGACUUUGAGGCAGCAGUUGCCCAAUGGGAGGGGCUCGAGAUAACGCUAGUGGUAAACAACGUUGGUGGUGCCCCUGUGCGGGAAUCAACUAUCGACGUUAUCCCCGAGUCUGACCUGCUCACUGACGUACGCCGAAACUCUCUGUUCCCGCUGCUCCUCACACGUGCUCUCCUGCCCAAGCUGCGUCGCGCGUCCGGCCCAGUGGAGAUCGCUUUCUGCGGGUCGCUCUCGUCUUCGCUCCCCAUCCCACGCAUCAUCCCCUACGGCGCGACAAAGGCGUUCCUGCGCCAGUGCAGCGGCGCACUCCAGUCGGACGAGCUCUUCCACGCAACAGGCACGCCGAACAUCUCCACCAUCUACCUCGACGUGGGCAGCGUCGCAUCGGCGGGCCACAAGGUCUCGGCGUCAUUCGCGACACCGUCGUCGGACGUCUUUGCCCGGCACUUGGUCCACUGCAUCGGCUGCGGCAGGGCGUCAAUUGUCCCCUACUGGCCCCACGCCCUCCAGGCCGGGAUGGUCAGCAUGCUGCCAGCGAGCCUCCUGUUACCUGAGCUGUUCAAGGCUAUGGACGAGGAGCUCAAAGUUGGCAAGAGGGGUUGAAUAGGACUUGAUGCGGUGGACGUCCACGCGGUCUGCUAAUAGCCGUUCGGUGCAUGUACUGUUUAAGUUCGGUCUCUAGGUCGCACAUGCAUGUGUAUUUGUCGCCCUCAGUUGCUCAAAGCGAAGCUUCUAUCGUAAUUCACCACC